CGCCGGUGCUAGCCAGGGGCGGGCACAGGGCGGAGGGGCUGUCCUUAGUAGCGUGCGUAUUUCCUGGUCCUCCGGAGAGGGGUCUGAGAAUGGAGGUCUUACCUUCUCCCUUGGAGUCUGCCCGGUUCAUAGCCGCCAACAGCAAGGAUGUCUCCGUCGACGAGGAGGGUGUGCGGCGGGUGGCAGAGAGCCUGUUCGACAAAGCCUCGGCGGCGGAGUUCGGGCUGGCGGGGUGGAAGAGCCUCCACGAGCUGAACCCCCGGGCCGCCAGCGAAGAGGCGGUGGACUGGGUGUUCCUGGUGGACACCCUCAACUUCUCCUUCUGGUCCGAGAAAGAGGAGCAGAAGUACCUGGUGAAGUACAAGGGGAAAACGUACAGUGGCUACUGGUCCCUCUGCGCCGCCGUCAACAGGGCCCUUGACGACGGAAUACCUAUUACCAGUGCAUCGUAUUUUUCCACCAUGACACUUGACCAGGUUAAGCAUGUAUUUCGCUCCGACACGGAAGUGCCCAUACCUUUGAUUGAAGAAAGACAUCGGGUGCUGAAUGAAAGUGGAACCGUUCUGUUAGAGAAGUUUGGAGGCUCUUUCGUCACAUGUGUUAAAAUGAGUGAGAAAAGUGCCCAGAAACUACUUCGUCUAGUACUGGAAAACUUUCCUUCUUACAGAGAUGAAGCUGUAUUUGAGAAAAAAAAGGUGUCUUUCUACAAACGGGCACAAAUACUUGUGGCUGAUACAUGGAGUGUAUUGGAAGGCAAAGGAGAUGGUGCUUUUGGUGACAUUUCUAGUCUGACUAUAUUUGCUGACUACAGAAUUCCUCAAGUUCUUGUUCACUUAAAAGCAAUGAAGUAUUCUGAAGGACUAAUGAAGAAACUCCGUGAAGGAACAAUUUUCCAGUCUGGAGAUAAAGAGGAGGUGGAGAUCCGUGGCUGUUCUAUUUGGUGUUGUGCGUUGAUCUGUAAGCAUCUGCUGGAGCUGUAUGAGAAGAAGGGUCAGGACAUGCGUGAGAAGAUCAACGCGGUUUUACUGGAUUAUUAUCUAUGGGACUAUGCCAGGGAUCAUAGGGAAGACAUGAAAGAUGUUCCCUUUCACCGGGUACGGUGUAUAUACUAUUAAGUUCAGCCUGAUACCUAUGAUGCAUUAUCUGCUGGGUUGUGAAUAUUUUCAUACAGUGGCAUCAUGUGCUUAUUUGGAACCGGCAAAAUCAAAUGUUUGGUUUUUGAUGUUAUAUUCAAAACUUGCUUUUUUUUUUUCCUCUGAAUCUUUUGCUUGCCACAACCAGAAUUGAGACUGUCAAGUUUGCUGGACAAUCCUUGCUGAUUCAGGGUUUAUCUCUCCUGAUUUGAGUUCUGUAUCUGUGUAUACACGUGUUUGCACACGCACCCCCGCACGUCCCAGCACUCCGGGCAGGUGAUCCCUGCACGCCAGCUACUCGCUACGCCUGCUCUGACACCCGCUGCUGCUUGUGCUCAGCAAACGCCCCUCAGGGCCGCGCUUGCCGAGAGCUGAGCUGUUCGCCUUCGUUCAAUAAACUCCAUCAUCGCAAACGG